AUGUGGGACAUCACGAAAGAAUCUAUUAGUCAGUGUGCAUUGACACUUGGACAAUUCGAUAGUGAAACUGUUAAUUUACUCGUAAGUUUAUUUCAUCAUCAAAAUGCUUCGCAAUUGGUUUUUUUAUCAAAUAAUUUAAAAGAGAAAUUUGAAAACUUGUUGACAACUAAAAUAGAUAAUGAUGGAAAAAAUAAUGAUACACCAUUAACAAGAAUUGAAUUAGCAAUAAUGAUUCAUUUUAAAGAAAAAUAUUUAUCUGAAUCGACGGUAGAUUAUGAUAACAAUCAAUUGAAAUCGAAUGUAGUAUUUUCGAUAGAUGAUGAAUUAAAUUUAGCAUACUGUUUUUUAUUAGCACAAAUCGAUGAUCGUUUAUCACACGAGAAACUGAAUGACAUAAAGUUUUUAUUGAAUAUUCGACAGCCGGUUGAUAGUUUAUUUGAUAUUUAUAAAAAUUUAGGGAAAAAUUUUCCGACAUUUUUUUCAUCAUUAAUUGAAUCUAAUUAUUUUGCACAAAAAUUGGUUGCUGUUGAUCAAGUUGUACGAAAUUUUCAAUCAUUCAUUAAAAGAUAUGAAGAUUUUGUAGUCACAUUUGAAAAACACUAUAAAUUACUAUCAGAUGCUGGAAAUAAUAAUAACAAUAAUACACAAACUGAUGCUGUAAUAAAUCAAAAUGAUCCUCAUGAAGUUUCAUCAUUUAUGAUGAAACUUAAAUCCUCUAAUUAUGAAAAUAUAAAACCAUUAGUCCCAUCGUCGCCUGUAGAGAAAGCUCAAAGCGAGCCUGUGCCUCAUCGUACUGUUGAUCAAUCGGCAAUAUCACUAUCAUUGAACGUACCCAGAAAAGGUUUAUGUGUUAUAAUUAAUAUUAGACAAUUUAUUUCAUCUGAUUCUGUUGAUACACCUAAUCGAACAGGAUCAGAUAAAGAUGUUGAUCUGAUUAAAAUAAUUUUUAAUAAAUUAAAUUUUACAAUAUUAGAAUGUAAAAUUGAUUUCAAAAAAGAUGAUCUUGAUAGAGCAUUAAAUUACAUCGAUGAUCAAAGUAUAUAUGGAGAAUUUGAUUGUCUUAUUAUGUUUAUUAUGUCUCAUGGACUUUUACAUUCAUUUUUUACAGCUGAUUCAAAAGAAGUUAUAAUACGCGAUAUUGUAACACGAUAUGCUGAUUCAUCAGUAGCAACUAUUUGGGCUGGAAAAACUCGUAUAUUUUUUAUUCAAGCAUGCCGAUCAGUAUGGCCACAAAAUAUGCAAUCUAACAAACGUGAAGGCGUACAACAGAAUGAUUUAUCACCAAAAAUGCUUGUUGCUUAUUCUUGUAGCGCAAAUGAAGCAUCAAAACGAAGCCCAAGCACAGGAUCGUCUUAUAUUCAAGUGCUUUGUAUAAUGUUAUUACGAUAUGGUCAUUAUUUGACAAUUCAAACUAUUCUCCAUUGGACUAAAAUCUUUAUCAUUAAACGUGACGAAUAUUCAAGUGAACGGAGUGGAAAAUCCUUGGACAGUCAACAGCCCGAAUAUAUCGAAAACGAAUUCAGUACAAAUUUUCGCUUCUCGGUUCAUUCUUUAUAUGAUACUUACAGUUUAUGGACCUUUGAUAAACAAUUAGCUUUGAAAAUUCCUUUACAAAUUUGGAAAGAGAUUUAUGAUUUGGUAUUCAAGUAUCCUGUAGUAGAUCAUUAA